UGCACGCUCUUCCAUAAGCUCUUCACAGCGGGACACUUCUCCUUCUUGAUUCGAAUCCUUCUACAUUUGCUUCGCUUUGCUUUACUUGGGAUUCUCAAUCCAUUUCAUCAAACAUGUCGAACGCACACUCACUCGAUCAGUCUUCUGCCAACUACAAGGAAGCCUUUGCGCUCUUCGAUAAGCGCGGCAACGGCCAGGUUGCCCUCGAGUCUCUCGGCGACCUCCUCCGCGCAUGCGGUCAGAAUCCGACUCUCGCGGAGGUUUCUGAGCUCGAACAAGCUGCUGGAGGCGAUUUUGACUAUGAGUCGUUUGUGAAGCUCCUCAACCGGCCUGGCGGUUUCCGCGACCCGGGCGAGCCCGAGGAGUAUUGUCGCGGUUUCCAGGUCUUUGAUAAAGACCUGACUGGAUAUAUCGCUGUCGGACAGCUCAAGUACAUUUUGAUGAAUUUGGGCGAGAAGAUGACUGAAGAGGAAGUUAACGAACUUCUGAAGGGUGUUGAUACCACUGGCGACAAUGUCAACUACGUCGAUCUUGUCCGGACCAUUCUCGCAAACUAAAUGCAACGCCUAUGAUUUUAUCAAUAAUCACAUUUUGAGGCUCCACGGAAGUAGGCCUAUUCUCCUCUCGAGAUGAGACGAUAAGGGUCCGUCAAUUUGCAAUUCUCGAUUCGCAUCCUUCCUAGCCACUUUGUGGGAAAUACUUUGAUACGCAUCAUUCAGUUCGACCAAACACGUUUAUUGCUUCACACGGAAUACGCAACUCACGAAAGCGAUUCUGAAACGAAUUACUUUGAAAGGUUUUUGUUGGGUUUGGGUUUCUUUUCAGUCAGAGCGGUCUCUUUUCGUGGCCGCCGGUGUCUGGAUACAUAGCGGUCGCAUAAUAUCAUGGUUACAGUCCACCUCACAACUUCUGUAGAUAAGGGUCAUUUGCCCUUUUUCCUAGCUCUAGCCCAAAGCAGCUUGAAUUCCAAAUGACUUGGCUUUCUCUUCUUUCAUUGGUGAUAUGCUUGAAGAUGGCCUACGCCUAAUGCAAAUC